UUUGCGAGUGGAUUCUGAAUAAGCCGUGAACUCAACUGGACAGCAGGCGGCAGUAGCUUUCCUGAAUUCGCUGACAAAAGCAGGAGCGAUGAGAAAUCAGAAAGGAAUUCAAGAGUAGCGGAUCGAGAUGGUUAUCUGGACCAACGCCAAAAGCAAAUAAUUCGUUCAACAUUUCCUGAUAAGUGAUAAUCCAUCCGUUAUUUUUGCCAACAGGUAACAGCGACACCAGUGGAGGUGACAACCGUUAUCAUUAUGAGUGGGAUCUUAAGCGACGUCAGAAGAGGGAAAAGUGGAAGCAAGUGCGUGUUUAUCGCGGAGAACUUUGCUGUCAUCAAGCAAGAAACCCGGCGGACAAAGCGAGUGAACCAGCGUCAGGACAAUAAAACGACCCGCCCCGUUUCGCCCUCCUUUCCGUUUCCCGCGGAAGCCCCUCCCUGUUAGCAGUUAGCCGUUAGCUGCUGGGCGGACGAGACUGGAGAAAGUGGGGAAAAGUCAUCACGAUGACCGCCGCCGCGGAGGACGCCAAGACGCUUCGAAGACCAUGAAAUCCUUCCUGGCUCGUCUUUAGAUUCUCUGAUCCAGGAUGGGGUUCGGUCGGGAUCUGAAGAACUCCCACGAGGGUUUAUUGAAACUGCAGGACUGGGAGCUAAAGCUAUUGGAGACAAUGAAGCGGUUCAUGACCCUGCGGGUGAAGAGUGAUAAGGAGUACUCGUCUCUCUUGCUCAGCAUGACGCAGCAGAUGGAGAAACACGAAGCUGCCGAUUAUGCCAGCACUGUCAGCAAGUCCUGGUCACAGAUGGUCAGACAGACAGAAGUCCUCGGCCGAGUCAUGAGAAGUCACGCCGACAAUCUGAACUCUGGUCCCCUGCAUCGCUUAGCCACGCUGAUCCGUGACAAGCAGCAAGUAAAGAAGACCUACCAGAGUCUUCAUCAACAGCUGGAGAGCCACACACAUAAGGUGACUCGCAGUGACAUUGACAAGCUCAAGUCCACGUACCGGCAGCUGAGUCGAGACGCUGUCACCGCCAAGGAGAAAUAUCGUGAUGCGCUGACAAAAGGACGGGAGGCGGAGCGUGCGCAUGAGCGCUAUGACAAAGCCACUGCAAAGCUUCACAAUCUCCACAACCAGUAUGUUGUUGCUGUGUGUGGGGCCCGAAGCCAGCAGGACCAGUACCAGCGGUAUACAGCCCCUGCCUUGCUCGACGGCCUCCAGAGGAUGCAGGAAGACAUGACUCUGGCACUGAGGACUAUCCUUGAAGAGUACUGUGAGAUCAGCAGCCUCCUGACAGAGGACAUCCUCAAAGUUCAUCAGGAGAUUUCGGCAGCAGUCCAGCAGAUCGACCCUCUCGCUGAGUACCAGCACUUCAUCGAGGCCUUCAGGUCUCCAGAGUUGCCAGAAGCCUCGGUGGAGUUUGAUGCGUCUCUCCUGGAGGACACAGAGAAUUUACCAGCAAAUGAGAUUCUGUGGAACACACUGACGGCUGACAGCCUGCAGGCCAUGUUGUCAGCAGCAACAGAAGAGCUGGCUCUCACCCAGCAGAAUUUACAUACCAAGGAAGCACUGGCCAAUGAACUAGAUGCCAAGAUCCAGAUGAGUCAGCUAAACACUGACAGGAAGAGCGACUGUGUGCUGCUGCUCAGUCAAAAACUAUCUCUCCUGGAACUCCGCCAAACUGUCCACUCACUACGUAGCUCCGAGGCUCGUCUGGCAUCCCAGAAGUCAUUGUUGGACACUAAGCUAGCUGCUGCUGCGUCUCCGCCUCCUCCGCCGCCGCCACCCACACUUCCAUAUGAGGACGACGCCCGAUCUGUGGGCUCUACGGAUAAGUCCAGAGAGAAGGGCUCCCGUUUUGACACGCUGCGUCACUCUUUGGCCGGGAUGAUUCGCUCCCCCAAAAGUGUCCUGGGCUCAUCAUCGUCCUCACAGUUCUUUGAUGUGAUACCAUCAUCAGAGCGCCCUCUAGCUGAACAGGAAUGGUACCACGGUGCAAUUCCCCGCACCGAAGCACAGGAGUUACUGCGGCAACAAGGGGACUUCUUAGUAAGGGAGAGCCACGGAAAGCCAGGCGAGUACGUCCUGUCUGUGUUCUCCGACGAUCAGCGGCGCCACUUCAUCAUUCAGUUUGCAGACAGUCAGUACCGGUUCGAAGGGACAGGCUUUAGCACCAUUCCACAGCUGAUCGAGCAUCACUUUUCCACCAAACAAGUCAUCACCAAGAAGUCCGGAGUUGUACUGCUCAACCCAGUCAUCAAGGACAAAAAGUGGAUCCUGAACCACGAGGAUGUGGCUCUGGGCGAGCUGCUGGGAAAGGGUAACUUUGGCGAGGUGUUCAAAGGGACGCUGCUGAGGGACAAGACUCCCGUCGCAGUGAAGACGUGUAAAGAAGACUUGCCACCAGAGCUGAAAAUCCGCUUCCUGUCUGAGGCGCGGAUCCUGAAGCAGUACGACCAUCCCAACAUUGUAAAACUCAUCGGUGUGUGUACACAAAGACAGCCCAUCUACAUUGUCAUGGAGCUUGUUCCUGGGGGAGACUUCCUGUCCUUCUUGAGGAAGAAGAAGGAUGACCUGAAGCUGAAGCAACUUGUUCGCUUCUCUGUGGAUGCUGCUGCCGGAAUGGCGUACCUGGAGAGUAAAAACUGCAUCCACAGGGACCUGGCUGCACGGAACUGCUUGGUCGCUGACUCAAACGUGCUUAAGAUCAGCGACUUUGGGAUGAGUCGACAGGAAGAUGAUGGUGUCUAUUCUUCUUCUGGACUCAAACAGAUUCCUAUCAAGUGGACUGCCCCAGAGGCGCUGAACUAUGGUCGCUAUAGUUCAGAGAGCGACGUGUGGAGUUACGGGAUUCUCCUGUGGGAGACUUUCAGCUUGGGGGUGUGUCCAUACCCCGGGAUGACCAAUCAGCAGGCACGAGAGCAGGUGGAGAAAGGCUACCGGAUGUCCUGCCCACAACGCUGCCCAGAGGACGUGUAUAAGGUGAUGCAACACUGCUGGCAGUAUAACCCCGAGGACCGGCCCAAGUUCUCUGAGCUGCAGCGGGAGCUCGCCACGAUCAAAAAGAAGUGACAUCACUCUGCAGGUGUCAGGUGAUCCAUUCCAGGUGCUAACUGGUGAUGAAAACGUAUAAACAUUUGUGUGUAUUUAUUUUUUAUUCUCUACAAACUGACAUGUAUUACUACAGCCGAGCCCACCAGCACGUCAGAGCGCCAUCUGCUGAUUGUAAAUAAACCUUUGUUUAUGCUGCUUUCACACUAAAUCUUUUGACAUUUUGGAAUAUAUAUUAUAUAAACGACUGAAAUUUGAAAUUAAAU